AUGAAGCUUCCUUCGGAGAUUUUCUGUACAAUUCUGCUUUUAAUUUUUGCGGACAAUUCAAAGGCAGAUAUUCCCGGCUGCAACUACUUCAACACGGUCGAUAUCUCAAACAUUGAAAGACAAAACGAUUCGUAUUUAUAUGAUGAUAUCCUAAUUCCUGCCAGCUUAACUGGAUACUACGAAUUCAGGGAGUUUGGGGACGGAUCGAUUAGGCCGAUUAAAAGGCUUAUUCGUAUUCGAAUCCCAGCCAAGAACUUUUUGCCCAACGGAAAAUGCGAGGAUGGUCUUAAAGAGGAGCUCGCUCGGUUCGAACCCUAUAUAUACCUCACAUCCAUGGACGGAGAGGAACGAGUACCACUCACCGAUAUGGCUAUUAUAGAGUUCUGGGAUUGUGAUGAAAUGAUUUUCAUCAGCGACUUCAACUAUUUCUUAGAACAGGAUGGAAAAUUUUGGGUUACCGUUGACCGUUUCAUGGAAAAACAGGACUACUGUUUGUACCGGCACAACUUUAAUUCGGAUUUUCCAAAGUCCAUGUGGAUAAUACGAAAUUCGAUUCUCGGUCAAAGUACUGCUCUUCCAUAUCAGAUUGGCACCCACCCAUCCAUCUGGAUCUAUAUAAGUGGACCGUCGCUGGUCCUUAGUACUUUCAAUGUCACCAUGUUCACCCUGACAGCCAUUUACAUUUGGAAAGUGAAGGGGAAAAAGAAGUUCACAAAUGAGGAGGAGGGAAGGAUUGGUUGCAUCAACUUCGACAGCCAGACUUACCUACAGUUCCUGCGCCUCUCCAUCGUGAUGGGCCUUACUUGGAUAUUUAAUGUCAUUCCGUUUUCUGCACGAUUCUACAUCUUCUGGAAAUGGGUCGGGAUAAUAUCCGAGUAUUUUCACAGCGCGUUUGGAAUUGUCAUUUUCGUUCUGCUCGUCCUGAAGCGCAGCACAUGGACUCUACUGAUGGAUUCUUAG